AUGGACAUACUUGACCUGACAGGACCCUUCGAAGCCCUCUCCUGGGCCACCCACCCCCCUUUCAGCAACCCCAACCCCGACACCGACACCCUCACAGCGCCCGCCUUCACGCACCGGGGCCUCGGCGCAGCGAGCGCUCAGCUCGUGGACUUUGAAAUCUUGGUCGUGCCGGGCGGGAACCAUGACGAGGUGCUUCCCACGCGGACCGAGCCCAUCCCGCUGAUCGCACGGUUCGCCGCGCUGCCGCCGAGGAGCGACGGCCGCGUGCGCACUAUUCUGAGCGUCUGCACGACGGCGCUGUUCCUCAGGGAGGCGGGCGUGCUGGAUGGGCUGACGGCGACGAUGCAUCCGCACUUCGAAGCGGCCCUGGGAUAUGGCGGGCGGCAGGAUCGCGGUGGUGAGGGAGCGCUUGGUCGUCAACCGGGUUGA